GCAUUAGCAUGCUUGAGUCAUGGAGGUCACCGAGUCAUGCAUCCACGCUCAGACCCCGCUAGCGCACACGAUCUCCAAUCUCCAGCACCGACUGUCGUGCUUCGCUCUCACACAUCACACAUGGUGCAAGCUGCAUGUGUUCUCAAGGUAAGAAUUUUCAGUGCGUAUUUGCCGGGCAGGCAGGCAGCGGCAGGCAAGAGAGCAAAUUUCGGUAUCCGAGCGUGGGAUAUUGAACCGGCCACCACAGCAUGGCCCGCUCACCAAGCCGCAGAGACGAUCGUUACCCGCGGAGCAGCCGCUACGAUGAUCGUGAGUAUACAGACAGAUCGCUUGGGCGUGACGGAAGUGGACGUUAUCGCCUGGGAAGCCCAGUCCGCGGCGCACUAAUUAAAGAAGACUCCCGUGACGACAGGGACCGCCACCGAGAUCGUGACCGGGCGAGGGAAAGAGAUGGAGAUAGGCGGCAUCGGGACGAUCGGUCGCGUGAGCGCUAUGAAGAUCGUCGGUAUCGCUCUCGGCGUGAUGGAUCCCGCAAGAGGAGCAGGGAGUACUCUCCGGUGAGAGACCGUCGUGACGAGCGUCCCGGAAGCGGACAUGGACGUCGCCGCGAUGAUUACUACGUAGAUCGCAGCAGUAAGAGGCCACGAUACGAUGACAGAAGCUCAGCUCCACGGUCGCGCACCAAUAGUAUGGAGCCACCGCCGUCGAGCACCAGCAGGAAUGGUCGUCAGGUACGUCCCUUGACCUCGCGCUGUACGUCUUCCCUGCUGACCUAACAGUUGUCGCCACGCCGUCAGGCAACUUCAUCCCCACGCCGCCCUACCAAAGAGGAACGGGAGGCAGAAGCAGCCAAGGCCAAAGAAGCAGAGCUCAAAGCGAGG